AUCUGUUAAUUGCUUUCCAUUCAAAUUCAAAGACUUUGUAGGAAAGGCGCAUACGUCUCAGCCCUUUCACUACUCUGUCUCUCACCCUCUCUCCCCGUUUAUCCCUGUUGCCUAGUAUCUCUCCGAUUACGGCCAAUUUCAACCAUGGGGGGAGAGAUGAUGGAGGGAGGCCAGCUGGUGGAUGACCGGGCGCCGUUGAACAAAUAUGCCCUUGGCUGCACUUUAGUUAUCUCCAUGAUCACCAUCAUAUUUGGCUAUGACACUGGUGUUAUGAGUGGCGCCAUGAUAUUCAUCGAAGAUGAUCUCGAGAUCAAUGACAUUCAAGUAUCAGUCCUCGCCGGAAUCCUUAACCUAUGCGCCUUGGUGGGUUCCCUUAUUGCAGGGAGAGUUUCAGAUUACAUUGGUCGUCGUUACACAAUUGUUUUGGCCUCCAUUAUUUUCUUGAUCGGCUCAGUUCUAAUGGGAUAUGGCCCGAGCUAUGGAGUACUACUCUCCGGAAGGUGUAUCGCCGGUAUUGGCGUGGGCUUUGCCCUCAUGAUUGCACCAGUUUACACUGCGGAGAUUUCCCCUCCAUCGUCCCGAGGCUUUCUGACAUCGCUACCGGACAUUGCCAUCAGCUUUGGCAUCUUAGUUGGCUAUGUUUCAAAUUACCUCUUCUCUAAAUUGACUUUGAAACUUGGAUGGAGGAUGAUGCUUGGAGUUGCAGCAAUCCCUUCUCUUGCCUUGGCUUUCGGCAUCUUAUACAUGCCAGAGUCACCAAGGUGGCUUGCCAUGCAAGGUCGUCUUGGAGAAGCCAAGAGCAUGCUGCUGAAAAUAUCCAGCAGUAAAGAAGAUGCAGAAAGAAGGUUCCGAGACAUAAAACUGGCCGUUGGGGUCGAUGAAAACUGCACAGACAAUGUUGUCCAGGUUUCCAAAUCUUCUAAGGGCCACGGGGCUUGGAAAGAACUGCUUUUAAGGCCUACCCCUUCUGUCCGCAAGAUCUUAUUCGUAGCAAUCGGACUUCAUUUCUUCGAUCAUGCAACAGGCAUUGAGGCAGUUGUGUUAUACAGUCCAAGAAUCUUCAAGGCAGCUGGAGUCGUUGACAAGAGAAAGCUCUUGCUUGCCACAGUUGGGGUAGGAGUAACAAAGACUUUGUUCAUAUUUAUAGCCACGUUUCUGCUGGACAGAGUUGGGAGAAGGGUACUCUUGCUGAUAGGCACAACGGGCAUGGUUGCAGCCCUAACAACGUUAGGGUUUGCUCUCACCAUGGUUGAGCACUCUGAAGAGAAACUGAUGUGGGCGCUGAUCCUAAGCAUUUGUGCAGUCUAUACAUUUGUGGCAUUCUUUUCAAUGGGUAUGGGACCGAUUGCAUGGGUCUAUCUCUCUGAGAUAUUCCCUCUGAGAGUGAGGGCGCUUGGAGUUGGAAUUGGCGUGGCUGUGAAUCGGGUCAUGAACGCCACAGUUUCAAUGAGUUUCAUUUCAAUCUACAAAGCCAUAACAAUCGGUGGAGCUUUCUUUAUGUUUGCUGGUCUUGGUUUGUGUUCUUUGGCGUUCAUCUAUUUCUGUAUGCCAGAGACCAAAGGGAAGUCUUUGGAAGAGGUUGAGGAAUUGUUUGGGAAAAAGGAGAGAGAUUUAGGUAUAGAAACUACUAGAAGCAACGUCCAGCACCCAUAGAAAUUGUACCCAGCCAUUUAAUAUUGGAGAAUAUCAUCAUCGGGCCGGCAGCUUUGUGAUCGAGACCUGGUCAACGACACCGUACUUUUGCAUGUGCACAACCCUUGGGCAACAUGUACAUAUAUAUACACGUGUUUGGUUCCAUCUACGUUGAUCAGUAUAUUGAUCGAAGUUUGAAGCUCAUGUUAUUUGUGUUCCACAGUAGUACUCUUUUUUGGAAGGAGGGUACUACUUUUCUUCAAUAUAUAUUACAUUCUUCCUCUUCAAAAA